GAGAGAGCAUUUAGUGACCAGAAACAGAGUGGAGAGGUAAAGAACUAGGUAUUUCCAACAUAUAAAGCUCAGCUUGCUUUUGGAAAGGAAAAUAAAUAUUCUGAAAAAUAAUAGCAGGGAUAGCCAUUGCAAGGCAAUCUCCUGCAUUUUCAUUUGCUCAGCCGGCUCCUGGCUCCACGGCUCCCUUGCCUGGUAGGAGAAGGAAAUAGCCAGACUAGGUAUUCUGCAGGUCUGAGGAAAUCCAAAAUGGGCUGUUCAGGAAAAGCAGCAUCCAAAAUGCUGGUUCCUCUGCUGCUUUGCUCCUUGCCUCUUCUACAAGGCCUGCCCCUCUGGGAGAAUGAUGACGUGGUCCCUGCCACCCCUGCCCUGCCACUGGAGUCCCUGCCCCCAGAGGAUGUGGGGAACCCAAAGGAAGAGGACUUGGGGGUUUCAUCCAAGGUGAGGGGGUCCUUGCCCCCCAAUGCUGAAGGCAUCUCGGAUUUGCUGCAGGGGGCUCUGCUGAGGAAGGAGUUUCUGGGCAGCGAGUUGUUGGAAGACCCCAUUCCUGGUGGGAAUCCUUCCACUCUGCCCCCCUUCCAUCCUCCCGUCCAGCACCUGGAUGGUGGAGUGGUUCCUGAGACCUCUGAAGCAGUGGCCACAGGUCCUUCUCCCUUGACCACCGCAGCUCCCCCUACGGGUUUCCUCCUCACGACCCCCCCAGCUUCGACAGCAGCUGCCCCCCCACGCCUUCCCCCUCCACCAGAUGAGACAGGCUCUACCAGCCAGCAUGUCUCUGCCACCACCACUGCUUUCAUCCCUGAAGGUGAUGAGGAGACCACAACCACACUGAUCACGACAACAACCAUCACUACGGUGCACACGCCUGUGUUUUGCAACAACAACAUCACCGAUGUGGAAGGCUACGUUGAAUCCCCAGAUUAUGCUGGCGCCAAUUUUUAUGGAGGCCUGGACUGUACCUACACAAUCUCUGUUUACAUGGGCUAUGGGAUAGAAGUACAGGUGCAAAGCUUGAAUCUAUCCAAGGAGGAUUCACUGACUGUGGAAGGUCUUGGGGGCGAGAAGCCUGUUGUCUUGGCCAAUGAGUCAUUGAUGGUUGAAGGACAAGUGAUCCGUAGCCCAACGAACCAGGUGUUGAUUCACUUUCAGAGCUACCACACCACCACCCCUGGAGUCUUCAAAUUCCACUAUCAAGCUUUUCUGCUCAGCUGUGGCUUCCCCAGCCGACCUGAGAAUGGGGACGUCAUGGUGACAGACCUCCACCCCGGUGGGUCUGCCACUUUUAAGUGUGAGUCGGGCUUCUACCUGCGAGGUGAAGAGACGCUCAUCUGCCUCAACGUCAGCAGACCCCGUUGGAGUGGUACCAGCCCUGCUUGUGUGGCUUCCUGUGGGGGAACGAUUCACAAUGCCACUCGUGGGCGCAUUGUGGCCCCUGAAGCACCUGGCGGACCCCGUGGCGGUCGGAACCUGACGUGCCGUUGGUUGAUCGAGGCACCCGAAGGCCAGCGCCUGCACCUGCACUUUGAGAGAGUGGCCUUGGAUGAAGAUAAUGAUAAACUGAUGAUCCGCAGUGGGAGCAGCACCUUUUCCCCCAUCAUCUAUGACUCCGACAUGGACGAUGUCCCAGAACGGGGGCUGCUAAGCGAUGCCCAGUCUCUCAUUGUGGAGCUGACCAGUGAGGGCCCUGCCACACCUCUCAUCCUCAGCCUGCGCUAUGAAGCUUUUGAUGAAGACCGGUGUUACGAACCAUUCCUGGCCCAUGGCAAUUUCAGCACAACAGAUCCUUUGUACCACAUGGGGACAGUGGUCGAGUUUUCCUGCAGUGCUGGAUAUAUGCUUGAGCAGGGGCCUUCUGCCAUUGAAUGCAUAGACGCACGAGAUCCUCGCUGGAAUGAAAGCGAGCCAACCUGCAAAGCAUUGUGUGGGGGGGAACUCUCCGAAUCAACAGGUGUGGUACUUUCCCCCGAUUGGCCCCAGUCUUACGGAAAGGGCCAGGACUGUGUCUGGGGCAUCCGGGUGCAAGAGGAGAAGCGAGUGCUGCUGGACAUCGAGAUCCUUAACAUCCGCAAGUCUGAUGUAUUGACCAUCUUUGAUGGAGGAGACUUAACUGCUCGGAUCCUUGGCCAGUACUUGGGUCCACACCCUCGCUUCAGCCUUUACUCCUCUGGUCCAGCGGUCACCCUUCAGUUCCAGUCGGACCCCGGGGACCCUCUGUUUGGCCUCAGCCAGGGUUUCCUGGUGCGGUACAAGGAGGUUCCACGGAAUGACACUUGCCCUGAGCUGCCAGAAGUGGAGUUUGGCUGGCGCACGGCUUCUCAUGCUGCCGUCAUCCGCGGCACCGUGGUGACCUACCAGUGUGAGCCAGGCUAUGACAUUGUGGGGUCCGACAUCCUCACUUGCCAGUGGGAUCUGUCUUGGAGCAACAGCCCUCCCACUUGCCAGAAGAUUGUGAACUGUGCUGAUCCGGGGGAAAUUAGCAACGGCAAACGCAGUGUUUCAGACCGACGUUUCUCCAUCGGUUCCCACGUCCAGUAUUUCUGUCACGAGGGAUACGUGGUGGAAGGGAGCAGCACGCUGACCUGCUAUAAUCGAGAUACCGGCACCCCAAAAUGGAGCGACCGAGUGCCCAAGUGUGUCUUGAAAUAUGAGCCCUGCUUGAAUCCAGGCGUCCCAGAGAAUGGAUACCAAACCCUUUACAAGCAUCACUACCAAGCAGGGGAAUCCCUGCGUUUCUUUUGCUACGAGGGCUUUGAGCUCAUAGGUGAAGUGACCAUCACUUGCAUACCAGGACAUCCAUCCCAGUGGACCAGCCAGCCUCCGCUCUGCAAAGUGGCCUAUGAGGAGUUAUUGGACGGCCGGAAACUAGAAGUCACCCAAACAACAGACCCUUCCCACCAGAUGGAAGGGGGCAACAUUGCCUUGGCGAUCUUCCUUCCCAUUAUCCUUGUCAUCCUUCUGAUUGGUGGAAUCUAUGUCUACUAUACCAAGUUCCAAGGAAAGACUCUCUUUGGUUUCUCUUUCUCCAGCUCUCACAGCUACAGCCCGAUCACUGUGGAGUCGGACUUCAACAACCCUCUCUAUGAGGCUGGGGACACCAGAGAAUAUGAGGUUUCAAUCUAGAAGAUGUUCUGUGAUCUGCAUUCUUCCCCCGACCCAAGCGGGUUUGAGGAGCAGCGACUGAGAAUGAUUCCUAUUUCGGAGGGAAAUAGUGGAAGGUGGUUUUUGGGGGGCCCAGGGGAAAAACGGAGGGGAGAGAGGGAGCUUCUUCUUCUUCUCUCUGCCCCACAGAUUGAGCUUUCUCCCUUCCUCUCCAUGUUGCUGCCUCACUGUCCACUCUCCCAGCUUUGGACGCCGUCCACUCCCCUCGCCUUGUAAAUACCCUCUUCAAUGUGCCAAACGCGUUUCUCUCACACACAAACACACGCACACACACACACACACACUUUUUCUGCUUUAUCUGUUGGUUUCCUUUUAUUUAUUUCUCUAUUUAUUAAGUCUUCUGAUUCUCUCUUGGUUUAUUAUUUCCUUAAGGGCUGAGGAAGAAGGAGGGCUUGUACCUUACCCUUUACUCCCUUUACCUUGCUCUCCGGGUCCUUUUAGAAAGAAAUUGACAUCAAUCACAGGUGCUGCCAUUUAAAUAAAGUUUAAAGAGUAACAUCCCUAAAAACCAGAACAGAUAGUUGCUACAAAACUUCCCUUAACAAACUGUAUUUCAGUCUUAAAAGAAAAUGGCAAAUAAGUACCCACAAGGAUAAAAGAAAGAUACUAAGUAGAUGCUGUGGAACAAAAACAAAAUGUAGACCCCAUAAAGUCAAAAAAUAUAUGGAAAGGGGGACGGACCCAAUACAUUGAGAAGAAUGAACUUCCAUUAAGUUGUUUGCGGGAUUAGAAUUAAAUAAGAUCUUCCAAAAGUAAGCCAAUACUUCUUUUCCAAGAGGGAAAAUAGUAGGGUCAUAGGAACAAUUCAUUCAUGUGUUGGGUAGGCCCUAUAGAAUGGGUUUGAAGUUGCCCUACUACAGGAAGAAAAAGCAGAAUGUGUCAUUUUGAAUAGGUUUGCAGUAGUAAUGUAAAUCACAUAUAGUUUGAAAAUGUAACUGUAUCCAAAACUCCCAAGCUCAGCUAGCUCCCCAGUCAUGGCCCAGCCAAUCAGCUUUGUACUAUGCAUUUUACUGCUAGCACACACACUAACUUAUUUCUUACAUGCCCUAACACAUUUUUCCAACUGGAACAUGUACCAAUCCUCCUUAUACUUGGCCAUGAAGCUCUUGAAAAGUCCUGCAAAAAACAAGGCAGUCUGCUAGUAGCUUUACAGAAAAAUUCUAUGCAGAGUUACCUGAAAUGAAGCCCAUCUGCCUUCAGUGGAGCUGAAUCCCAGGUAAAUGGGCACAGAAUCAGAGCCUUAGUAGUUAACAGUUGCCUGCAAAUCGAUUUCUGAUUACACUUCUGUUCUUCCUCUGACCUUCCGAUCUUCUUCCCAAACCCUUCAAUAGGAAGAGAAGAUUAAAGCAAAAGUUCUGAUGUCGUAUACACACA